GCCCCACGCUGUAAACAGACAACAUGGCGGCGGCACCCGGGGCUUUGGGCGCCCUGCAGGCCGGCCGCGGUCGCCUGGUGGCUGCUUGCUGCGCGCGGCUGGGCCCAGGGUGGAGGCUAUCCGGCUUGUGGGCAGCCCGGCGGGUGGGCCCACCAGGUUGGGCACCCGCGGCCGGGGUUCCUGCCCCGAGGAGGGGCUACGGCUCAGAGGUGAAGACGGAGGACGAGCUGCGGGUGCGGCACCUGGAGGAGGAGAACCGAGGUGAGCGGCGCGGGCCGACGGCUCCAGCACAGCCUCGGGACCAGCAGAGAGGCCGGGCGGGCUCGCCAGCCAGACCCCUCCCCGCCCCCACCCCAUCCGGCGUGGCUCUUUCGUUGUGCAUCUGCCCGUUGCUGGUAGCACCCGGGCUGUACUGCGAGCGGCUUUCCUGUACAGUGGCCCCAUUCAGCGCUGAGGACCUCCCUGGGAGAGCCAAGGUCAACACGCUGGGAAUUGUGGUACUUGGAAUAAACAGAGCUUAUGGCAAAAAUUCACUCAGUAAAAAUCUUAUAAAAAUGUUAUCAAAAGCUGUGGAUGCUUUAAAAUCAGAUAAGAAAGUUCGGACCAUAAUAAUCAGGAGUGAAGUUCCAGGAAUAUUCUGUGCUGGUGCUGACCUUAAGGAAAGAGCCAAAAUGCCUUCCAGUGAAGUUGGUCCUUUUGUCUCCAAAAUCAGAGCCGUGAUUAAUGAUAUUGUUUUUCCAGGGGGAGAAAAAGACACCUCAGUAUAUUAAUUUGCAUUUCCCAAAAGGUUUGUGUGAUAUUUUAUCUUUUCAAAUUAGACUUGUCUUUUCCCUUCCGAAAACACCUUUUUAUAUCCUUCAUCCUUCUGUAGGAUUAUUUCAUAAAUAUUUUAAAUGACACUUUAUAUUAAUCUUUUAUUAUUCAGUGCAUUAUAGAUAGGUGUGGCUAAGGCCACUCUCAUUCAUUGUUAAUGACACUGAUAUUUUUCCAGAAUCUCUAUUUUAUGGAUUCUGAACUUGGAAGCUUUCUGGAACUGUUAUCUUUGCAGUGGAAUUUUCUUCUCUGUGAUUGUAGCAUCUCUGGGUCCUGAUAUAAUCUUCUUUUAUGCUCCAAGAGUUCUUCAAUAGUUAUUAAUAAUAAUUCUUAUUGCCACUUUGCAGUAGGCUUAAACAUUUUAAGGUACCUUUUGUGAUGAUUCAUUGAGAUUUUGGAGGGCUUAUAGAAACUAAGUAUCUCCAUCCACUGUACUUUUUAAUAUGCUAAAAAUCAGAGACAGGCAAAUUUUUUCUUAGAGAGGCAUAGUAAUAAUUACAGCUUUGACAUUGUAAUAUGAAAGCAGCCAUAGAUAUAUAAACACGCACAUCUCUGUUGCAGUAGAACUUUAUGCAGAUUGAAAUUUGAAUUUCAUAAAAUACUAUUUAAAAAAAUAUUUACUUAAAAAUGUAAAACUUUUC